AUGUCCACUUCCCCCUCUGCCUCUCAGUCCUCAUGCUCACUCGUCGACGACUCAACAAGCGACGACUCACAUAGUAUAGCGUCCACCGUCGAGCAUACCACCCAUUUACCAAACGAGAGCACCAUCUUACGUUCACGAUUAUCCGACCUCGAGCGUAAAAAUGCCAUAUUAGAGGAUCAAGUGGGCGAAUUGAGGUAUACAACUACCAAUCAAUCUGACGAGAUCAUUACGGUCCGGGUAAAAUUGACUGAGUUAGAGGAAGAGAGGACGUAUCUGCAGGCGGGCUUAGAUCCUACCAGGAAAGAGCUUGAGAAUGAGUUGAGGGCGUUGAAGUUCGAGUUGACUAGGCAGAAAGACAAAAGUAGGAAGGAUGUGUUGGAUGAUAUACUCUGUCGGUCAACGAUUGUAGAUGGAUCGCAGAGCCAGGACGGGACGAUAGGAGGUCUGAGAGCGAUAUGUAAGGACCAAGAGAAGCGUAUCGAAAGGCUGAACAGCCAAUUAACCGAGACGAAUAAAAACCUAUCAGAUAAGAUAUUAGAGAAUCAAGAAUUACAUUAUAUAAAUCAAAAUCUAGAGACUCAGAACGCCAAGCUAAGUGAAGAGAUAAAGCAGAUGGGAGGAAACGAAGAGAAACUCAAGAAUUACAAGACAUCUAUAUCGAAUAUCAAGAAGAGAUAUAAGAAACAACUGGAACAGAAAGAGAAAGAAUUAAAGGGCGAUUAUAAGAAGAAGCAGGAUGAGUUGAAGGAUGAAAAACAGAAAUUGCAAGAGUCAAGUAAGAAGGGUAAAGACAAACAAAGUGAAAUAGAAGAGUUGAAAAAGAAGAAUGACAAGUUGAGGAAGAUCAUUGAUAGAGCGAAGAUGGAGAAUGAAGAGGUUAAUGAGAUGCUGGAACGGAAAGAGAAGGAGAUUGAUAGAUUACGGGAAGAGGUUGAGGGGAAUUUGAAAAUCAUCGAAGGGUUGGACAACAAGGGAGGGAAGUAG